GGCCGACACGAUUUCUGCCCACGACACGCCAUCAGGGUCAUCGAAAUUCCCAUCUCGGCUCUCCAAGGUCAUCGUCGUCAUGACUGGUGUGCUCCUGCCUGUUGCCGCCGACGCCAACGCGUUGAACUCCCAGAAGCGCGUGCUUCUCAUCGACAACUACGACUCGUUCACAUACAACUUGUACCAGUACUUGUGCGAGUUGGGGGCAUCUGUGGUCGUGAUUCGCAACGACCACAAGACCGCCAAGGAGCUCUUGGCCGAGUACAAGGCGACGAAAGAGUUUGAUCGCAUCUUGAUCUCGCCAGGACCGGGAUUUCCCAAGGAUGCGGGCAUUUCUUGCGACGUCAUCCGAACGUUCCAAGGCAUCGUUCCCAUCGCUGGCGUGUGCUUGGGACUGCAGUGUAUGUUUGAAGUGUACGGCGGCACUGUCGGCCACGCUGGGGAAAUCAUCCACGGCAAGCAAUCCGAGAUGGAGAACGACGGCCGCGGGUUGUUUACGAAUGUGCCGUCGCCGUUCAAGGCCAUCCGAUACCAUUCAUUGGUCGGUCUGCCAGAAACCCUGCCGGCAGAGCUCGAAGUGACGUCGACGUUGGCGGGCAAGAGCAUGAUCAUGGGCGUACGACACAAAACAUUCAAGGUCGAAGGCGUGCAAUUCCACCCCGAAAGCAUCUUGACCCCUGACGGCAAGAUCAUGAUCCAAAACUUCCUCAACAUGUAAUGGACGUUUAAGUGGCUUUGAACCCAA